AAUCAGCUAGGGUUUGGAGAUGCUGCAGAACUUUGGAUUGACCUGAUAGUUCUCUCUCGAAAUGGCGAGUAUAUCCGAGGACAACAACAACAGCACUUCGAGAAAGAGGCAACGUUCUCAGACCGAAGGCACUGCGACACUGCUGGAUCUGGAUUUUACCGACUGUCCCAUCUGCUUUAAUCUUCUCACCAUUCCCAUCUUCCAGUGUGAUAAUGGGCAUAUAGCAUGCUCUACUUGCUGCGAAAAGUUAAGCCAGAAGUGCGCAACAUGCUCCUUACCCACUCUUUCCCGCAACAGAGCGAUGGAGCGUGUUCUUGAACUACUUAGAGUUCGAUGUCCGAAUGCUGGUUGCUCCAUGGUCGUCUCUUGUUCUGGAACAUCAGCACAUGUGGAUCACUGUCCAUUCACCCAACGCACUUGCCCUUUUAGCAGCUGUGACUUUACUUGCUCCUUCAAGGAUUUAUACAAACACAGCCUUGCUAAACACAGCAUUGCGGCACCACACUUGGCUAAACUUGGCGUUUCCUUCUCCUCGCUCAUGUUUAAAUGUGGAACGCUCGUGCGUAUUCAUCUCACAGCGAAUAAGAGGAUCAUUCUCAAGGAACAGACUACUACAAAAGGAGAAGGAGAAAUUGUGGUUGUUGAAGGGUUCGAUAGGCCAGACGGUCGGAUGUUCUAUGCCUGCUGUAUUGGACCAGGAACAGACAAGUUCUCCUACCAACUCAAGCUAUCUUUAGCUUCCGGUGAUGACUUGUUGUAUGACUCAAACCUCCAAAGAGUUCGUGAAGUGAGCAAUGAACCACCACUUGCGAAUUUUAUGUUGGUUCCUUCAUGUAUGUUGCCUUACCGCAUAUGUUAUAUAUGCAUCAAGCGGAAGACUAACUAGGAUCAUCAAGACGCUACUACUUCAUCAGACGUCGUCAGCGACACUGAUGCUGUUAACUAAUGUAUGUUUUUGUAGGAGCCGAAAAAUUGGCCUGACAUGUUUGUAAUGUAAUCCCUAUCUAAUGUGUGAUACUGAUCUAGGUUUAAAUUCUCUAAUAUGCGUCCUGCAAACAAACCUUAUCUAAUUCGAUCAAAAUCUAAAUUUA